AGAAUAGCUUAAAAUUUAAAAGAUGUACCCCCGCGCUCCUCCUUCCCCAGCCAACCGCCAUAAAUUUGUGUCGUCGCCUUUUUCUCUAUUUUUUUAGCUCAUUUAGACAAGAUGUGGAGGCAGACUCUGCGCAGCGAGGGACACGCGCGAUCGCAGUGGGAUUUCCCGGCGAGGAACGGCGCGCACUCGGCGCUCGCGAAGAAAUGCAGUGAACGCGAAGGAGCCGUAUCUAUGGAAGAUCUUCACAGACAACUGCAGCAAGAGACAGAAAAUAUUGUACGCUGGAAGGCUUCGACUGAGAUGAACACAAGGCAACUCGAGCGACAGUUGAAUGAUGCUCAGGUGACCAUCGCUGACCAGCGCCGGAAUCUGAUGGAGCUGCAGCUGAACUCGGAGAACCUCUCACAAAGCCUACUCAAGGAGCGCCAAGAGAGGGACUUGAUCGCGGCCAAAGUAACUCACACUCGCCAGCUGUUCCGCACACUCGAACAGCAGAAAGAAGAACUUGUGGUUACAAUAACGCUUUUCCAGCAGGAUAAAGACUUGCUAAGUACUGCACACCGCGAGACAGUCCAGAAGAUAAAUGAGAUAGCAGAAAACUUCCAUGAGCUUUCCGUGCAACACAAGCAGCAAGUGGAGAGCCUUACUGCUCAAGCAACGUCUAAAGUGAGUCAGCUGCAGGAGAAGAUCGCGUCAAAAGAGCAAGAACUGAAGGACUUGAACGAGUCGAUGUCGAGGCUCGCCCACAGUAAUUCCGAGUACGAAGAAAAAGUUUUAGAGCUGACAGAGCUCCUGAAGACCACAGCUCAGAGCCUGUCAUGUGCCAAAGACAAGAACACGGCUCUCGAAUCGGAAAUAGUCGAGGUUAGAAGUUCACUAGAAAGAGUUCAGAAUAAGAUGGAGGAGCAAACUCAGGCCUCGAGUGCCAAGGUAAACAAUCUUCAAGAAGAACUAAAACAAGAACAGUGUCGCCGCAUCGAAAGCCGAAGGGAGUUUGAGGAAGCGGUAGAGAAGAUACAGUAUCUGAAGAAAGCGAAUGACACAUUGGAGGGCAGCAAGAGCGAGCUUCUCGAUAAGCUUGAGGCUGUGACAACUCGAAAGCAAGAGUUGGAAGAGGAACUGGACCGUAGCAAUAAUAGGAUAACGAAGCUGGAGGGAGACUACACAGAGCUGGAGCAAGAAACACACCUCCUGUCCCUGAGCCUGAGAGAUGCGCACAGCAGAUUCGAAGACUUGAAUUCAGACUUCCAGGAUGUACAGAAAGACAGACAGUCUUUGAUGACACAACUAGAUGAAUCAAAGAAAAUCUUACAAGAGGAAAGUCAACACAUUAAGCAUCUAACAGAACAGAUUUCGGAACUGACUCAAAAUCUGCAGGUCCAGAAAAAGGUGGAAGAAGAGUUGAAAACAGAAAUAUUGUGUUACAAAGAUCGGAAUGACGAAAUGAGUAACACUAUUGAAUACUUGAAUAAAAGGAUCCAGGAAAAUAAAGAGGCGGCAGCCAAACUCCAAGAAGACUUAGUGUUGGAAUCUGAUAAAAAUAUUAGGUCUUUGGAAAAAGAAGUAGAAUUGCUUAAUGAACAGCUGACUAAUGUUCGAAACGAGUGGGAAGCAGAUCAUGAAAGCUACGAACGGAAGAUCCAGAACAUUACAAAUAGUGCAGCUGAAACGGAAGCGGAGUUGAAGCAGCAAGUUAGAGACAUUGAGGACCAGUUCAAGAAAACCACGAACGAAAAAAACACUUUAAAUAAGGAUUGGGGGGAGCAGCAAGCACUCGUAAAAUCUCAGAAACUCCAACUCAAAGAACAAGAAAAAGAGUUGAAGUCUAAAGCCAAAGCCUUAAAUCAAGAAAUCAAGAAAAAGGAGAAGACAGAAGCAUCGAUUGCAACACUAGAGAAGAAGCUGCAAAGCAGCGAGACCGAGCGAGAGAAACUAAAGUCGGAUCUUCAAGAGUUUCUGCGCUGCCAGGAAGAAGCGCAGAAGCUGCACGAGGAGAAGCAGAAGGCGUUGGAGGAGGAUCUACAAAAUAAAAUCAGCAAGGUCAGUGGGCUUCAGGACUUGGCUCGCACACACGAAACGAACCUGCAGGAGACGCAGCAGAAGGUGGUUGACUUGCAGGAAGCUCUCGAUGCUGCUCGCAGUGAAAUGAAUGUUCUGCGAGACACAGUCGACGCGAGGGACAAGAAAUUCGAGGAGCUGAAGUACCAGUCCACCGAGGCUAAACUAAGCCUGACGAAUCAACUUCAAGAAAAAGAAGAACAACUGGCAACGUCCUCCAUCAUCUGCGGCCGGUUGCAAGGUGAUGUUGCAAGCAUAAAACGAUGCAUGGAAGAACAGCGCUCCAAACACGCGGCGGAAGUUCAAGCGUUAAAAGAAUCAGUCGAUGAGGCAAAAAAGAACUUAAAGCGAGUCAAACAAGAAAUGAUAAAGGUCAACAAAGAGAAGGAGGACGUCAUGCAGGAAGCUGAUACCAAAGUAAAGGAUAUGCUAGGUAUCAUUGAGAGGUAUAGAUCUGACAACGAGAGCAAUAUGAAAAAGAUAACAGCAGAAUUACUAGAAACCCAGCAGAAACUCGCAAUGAAGGAGGCAGAUAUUGCAAAUGUGGCAUCGGCAAACACAAAACUCCUCGUGGAAGCUGUUGCUGGAGCGAAGACAAAUACCAAACCAAAGAUGAGCGCUACUGCUUAUAAAGUAGAUUUGCCACUGGAUACCGAGGAGCUAAAAACCCCAAGCCCACGACAAUACCUCAACCGCCGUCGCCCUCCCUUUGAAAUGUACAAACAUACUCCCACAGCGAAAGCAUUACCAGUUACAAGGUUUUCUGGAGAUAUGCCGUCCCAGGAGGAUAGGUCUCAACUAAGUAUUCUGAAGGCAGGAUCAAGACGCAUGCUCGUACCCCCAACUGAGCAGAAGCGAGUUGCAUUCAGGUCUCCGUUGUCUCUAGUUUGCGCCAACGACGGGGACUCAAGCUCUGAUGCUUACGCUUUGGAGCUUGAAGAUUCCUUUGAUGAGAUUGUGAAUCCAAGGAAGCGAAGGUCAGGCAGCAUUCCCAGUGCAAACGUGGCACCGACGUGUAGCAAGGCCACUCUUAGUGUGGCAGCAAGCGUAAACAGUGACCGUUCUCUUCCAGAAGAGAAGAACCAGCAGCAGCCAGAAGGUGAAAAGCCGUAUUGCAAGAGGAUUAAAUCAAAUAAGACGAAGUAUGGAGUAAGGACGUACAGUGCAAUUAGCCCUAAGAAUAAAUAUAAUGGAGAGAAUCAACAGACAAAAAUUACAUCAAAGGAUGACUGGAUCAACUGAAUAGAGACCUUACAACAGGACGUGUUAUUUGUUACAUGGAAAACUAUUCUCUAACAUGUAUACUUGUUUUGAGGAAAAUGUUAUUAUACCAUAAUCAAAUAUUUAUGUAGAAGUUACAUAUACUGUAUAAUGUUUAGGAUGGUAUUUGUUUUAAUGUUUGAUUGUACAAAAUGUACUAUUUUCAUACUGAUUUUAUGAUUAUUUGUUUGGAGGUUGAUGAUUUAAUAUUGACAACCUGCAAUUGUAUGUUCCUUUUUGCAAAUUUUACCACAGCUAUUUGAAUCACAGGAUUUCAAAUAUAUUACAUUUAUUUGAUUCCAUUUAACUGUGCUUACUAUGUAUUCAUUACUUAUCCAAGGGAGAUAAGGAAAUUCAUUUAUAGAUUCAUUUUGAUAUUUCUGUUUGCAGUUAAUAAGCUUCUGACAAUGAAAUAAACUUAAAAGACUGACUAGUAUAGGAAUUAAGGUUUGAUAUUUUUCACGUAUUUGUAGAGAUGGACAGUAAACAAGGAAAGAGAGAAGGCAGGCAGUCCGCUGACAAAAGGGUCGUAUUUAAGUUAUGAAACUACAAAGUUAAUAGUUUAGUUCUAAGAGAUUUAUUUAUGAUAUUCUUGAAUUAAAUGUAGUCUUUA